GUGUGCCGAGCGGGCACUAGUCUCGGCCCGAUGGCGAUCCCGGCAGGGGUUACCGAACCCCAUCCCACAAACACCCAAGAAACAGCGACAAUUUUCAGCGACUAUGACUUUCGCCCAAGGAUCCCAGCAGCAAGAAAACGCCGCAGGCGCGGCCUCGACGGAGAGGAAAAUGAGCCGAUCGCGAACCCUGAAUUUGCGACCGGCGGAGAAAGCAACGGGCGGGUGACGAACCAAGACGUCCGACAGUAUUUCAACAGCUUCAAUGAGGCACUCAAACACCAGACUGAAAUAAUUGAGACAGUGAGGGCGGAGGUCCAAGAACUGAAAGCUGAACAACAGCUCCUGCGAACCCACAAUAAGGAACUGCAGGAAGAAAUCGAAGCCCUACGGGCCAAACUGGAGGCACAACCGCUGAACGCCCCCGUGAACAGAUCCUGGGCGGAAGUGGCUGCUGGCAACCCUCAGCCAAACCCAGCGAGAACCGUCCCGCGCCCCAGGAAGGAACCCAACUGUGUCCGAAUUAGUACCGCACCAACCCUCGAUCAAGAUGUUGACAAUGACCGAUUCUCAAGAGCCCUUCCUACUGAAGCAGCGAACACGCACAUCAGGACCGCCCUGCUGAACGCAGAGACCACCAAAGAAGUGCAAGUCGCGGGCAUUGGUACUACCAAAACGGGGUAUGUCAUCCGAUUCCGGGACACCCAGUCUGCUGAGACAGCCCGGAACAGCACCGAGUGGCUGGAGGAGUUGGGAAACAACACCAAAGUAGUGAAGCCCCGGUUUGGGAUCGUGGUUCACCGAGUCCCAACUGAGGACUUUGAACUAGAAGGAAACAAGAAACAGGGAAUCGAGAAGAUUAUGGCUGAGAAUGACCUCCAUGACAAGAAAUUCCGGGUCGAAGAUAUUGCAUGGUUGAAGAAGAGGGACAUGCCUUUAGGGAAAUCAGCCUCGAUGGGGGUCUGGUUGGACUCACCGGAGGCAGCAGAAUGGAUUAUAGAUAACGGAAUAUUAGUGGGGCAAAGGUUCAUCGGGAGCGUGGAACCCUACCGGGUGGAGAAGAAGAGGUGUCGCCGCUGCCAACAAUUUGGCCACCUAGCCUGGUCAUGCAAGGAACGAGUGAAGUGCGGACAUUGCGCGGGUCACCACGACCAGCGUCACUGCUUCCCAGGAAUAAGACCCAGAUGCUCAGACUGCAAUGGAGAACACCCAACGGGCGACCGGGCAUGUCAGGCAUCCCCUAACCCCAGUCCAUUCCAAUGA